GCUGCAGAACUCACAGCUACAUCCGAAAUCUCUGUGAUACAUUUUCAGUGUUCUUUGGGGAAAAGAUGGAAAUAACCAAGACAUCUGGGAUGAGGGACGCCGUCCUUGUGCUCUUACUGGCUGUUCUUCAGGGAUUUCGACUAGUAGACGCUCUUCCAAACCUAUCACCUCUCCUGGGAUCCAACUGGGGGAAUCCGAGAAGAUACGUACACCUGCAGACGUCUUCAGACGUGAACAAUUUCUACCUUAAGAUCAGUUUAAAUGGCCACGUGCGCAAAACUACACUUCGAAGCUCAUACACUGUGAUUUUAUUGAAGGCGGAAACAAGAGAGCGCGUAGCGAUACUUGGAGUCAAAAGUAACCGCUACCUGUGCAUGGAUGCCCUGGGAAACCCUUUCAGCUCUACCGUUUGCCACAAGGAAGACUGUCUUUUUAACCACAAGUUAUUGGAAAACCACCGCGACGUGUACUACUCUUGCAGAACUGGUAUUCUGCUCAACUUGGAAGGGAUAAAGCAAGUGUACACUGUGAGUCAGAAUCUACCGCAAACCUCCCUCUUCCUGUCGGAGAAGAACACGGUGCCACUGGAGCGCCUCUUGCACCGGGAGAAGAGAAACCGGGUGGUUGACCCUUCUGAUCCGUACAACAUGCUGGAGCAGACGGAGGAGGAUGAGGACUCCCGGGCUAUGCCGGAGCUGGAUGACACCUUGGAGACGGACCAGGAGGCUGAACUCCCCGAGGGACGCAACAUCUCCAGGGAGACCCCCCAAUCUCCCUCCGACGACCCGUGGAACGUGCAUUCCCUAAACCCCCCUCCCAGCCCCCGUAUAAUGAAUGCAAUGGUGGGAUAAGAGGACAGGACACUUGCCGUUGUACACCUGGUUUUAAGAAUAUAAAUUGUGUGCGCGUUCACGUUGGAUCUUUUCCAGCUGGUCUGGAGACAAACCCUAACUAUUACACCUGUGAAAGUCUGCCCGUGACAGGCAUAUUAGUCGAUGGUAUAUAGUCAUAAGACGGAAAAUUGUAUUUUGUUCAUUUUUCACUAUAGCACAGUAGCUAGUGGGUAUGUAACUAUUGGUUUCCGUGCUUUUUAAUUCUAGGACGCAAAUUCUGCACAUGAGUGCGCUCUGUUUACGGGAUGGAUUCUUAUGAGAAUCAUGCUGAAACACGAAAUAUUUGUGCGUCUUCUUCGAAGAAAAAAAGUAAGUUGAGCUGAAGUCACUUUAUUAAAUGUUUUACAAUGUAAGAAGCCUACAAGAAAAUACUCGGGUUAUCAAAUCAAGCUUUAUUUAUACAGCACAUUUCAGACAUGGAACGCAACACAAUGUGCUUUACAGGAAAAACAUUGUAAAAAAAACUAUGAAAAUAGAAGCUGAAAUAUUUACUAAACAACAAACAUGAGAUAAAAAAAACGAAAGAUGACACAAACUGAACAACAAAAAAGGACCCCAAUGAAAAGCAAAGCUAAAAUGUGUGUUUUAAGAUCUCUUUUAAAUAUGUCCACAGUUGAUCUCUUUUAAAUAUGUCCAUAGUUUCGGCCCCCCUCAGGUUGUCUGGCAUGCCUCUAAAUGCUUCUUGGUCAUAGGCUUUGGGUUUGUUAAAAGGCCAGUGCCAUUGGACCUGAGGGACCUAACAUAAAAGUAUGUCUGACAUGUAUUGAGGUGCACAAUCAUGGAUAGAUUUAAAAUCCAAUAGAAGAAUCUUAAAAUUAAUUCUAAAACUCACAGACAGCCAGUGCAGAGACCUUUAAAAUUGGUGUAAUGUGUACUCUCCGUCUGGUCUUGGUCAGUACCCGUGCUGCUGCAUUCUAUGUUUUGUAGUUGACUAAUGGCUUUCUUGAGUAGACCAGACAGGAGAACAUUACAGUAGUCAAGCCUGCUUGAAAUAAAAGCAUGGAUGAGUCUCUAUCAGCCUGAGUGAGAAACGGCCGCACCUUGGCAAUGUUCCUCACGUGGUAAAAAGCUAUUUUGGUCACAUUCCUAAUGUGUGAUUUGAAAUUUAGUUCAGAAUCUGAAAUAACACAUCGUUUUUCACCUGGUUGUUUUAUCUUUAUUACCCGUGAAUUAAAAUGUGCGGCUAGAUUCUCUCUCUGGGCUUUGGCUCCAACAAUAAGUACCUCAUUCUUCUCUUGAUUUAGCUGGAGGAAGUUGUGAGCCAACCAAGUAUUUAAAUAAUAAUUUAUACGUGGAGCUAAAAUCUUCUGGUGACACAGAAAUGUAAAGUCGUGUAUCGUCUGCGUAGCAGUGCAAAUCAAUUCUGUGCUUUCUGAUAACGCUGCCAAGGGGUAGCAUAUAUAAACUGAACAGUACCAGACCCACAAUCAAACGUUGUGGAACAACAUGAUAUGUAUUUCCUCCGAGUUAUGUUCACCAAGGGUGACAAAGAACUCUUGACCAGUUAAAUAGGUCCUAAACCAAUUUAGAACUGGACCGGAGAGGCCAACCCACCUCUCCAGUCUGUCCAGAAGCACAUCAUGGUCAAUAGUGUCGAACGCAGCACUUAAAUCUAUGAGUACAAGGACAGAUUAUGAUGAUGAAAUUUAAACAUAUUCCAUAUAAAAUUAGGCCUUCUACAAUGUUUAAUAUGCCAGUAGGCAUGCAUGUUAUAGGCCAUUUUCUUGCAGUGAGACAUUUAAUUUAAAACGGGAAUGAAUGGUAGGCCUACACCCUACAGGGUAUCAGAACACAUAGAAAGUACAGGUUGGUGAUAGGUGCU